UCGGCCCAUUUUCGAACACACCUAUGGUGCUCUAGAGUUUGUAAGAAUGCUUGCACACACAGACCUAAUGAAAUCAGAAGAAAAAAUAAGAAAAAUCGGACGACUUUAUACUUCAAAUUUCUUGUUGAAAUAUCUCAAAAACGAUGCCGACAAACGUUAUGUUUAAUUAACCAAUAACCUACAAACGACCGACAAACGAUUUUUAAAAAAAUAUUUAAGAAGUUAAUAUAGUCCGCGGCUAAAUUCAGGGAGGUAGUCCUGUGGCCUGAUAUCAUAUCCUUGUUUAUAAACCUAUGAUUUUAGUUCCUCGUCAUGUGAUAGUAAAAUUUUUUAAUUCAAAUAAUACAUUUAAAAUUGUAUACCGGUAGCAAAAUUCUGUAAUGUUAAUUUGAGACACGUUGCGUAUGUCCAUCUUGUGUUAUGAAAGGAUCCGAAGUCUCGAUGAGGGAGACUCUAAAGUUUCUGAGGUUAUCUAGGUAACCAAUGCGGACGAAUUAAGAAUUUAUUUCGAAUUUGAGAGAAAUUCUACAAUUCACAAUGUCCUUUCGUAUACGUUUGGUACGGAGUCGUCCAGUUAAACUACUAGGCAAUAUCGCCAUGAAGUGUUGGGCAUUUUCUGGAGCCUAUGUACUUGCCUGCUUCCUAUUGUAUUGGCUAUACGGCGGUGUAUUUGCAUUCUUUCUUCUGUGUUUUGCUACUACAGUUGUUGCAGGUAUAUUAUAUCAUACAGAGGAUCAGCUACUGUACCAUCCUGAGGCACCUGCAAAUUCACGUGUUUAUGUUCCUGCACCAUCUAUGUAUAGGUUGCCUUACCAAAGUGUAUAUACUAGAUCUGGAGAUGGUACUACGCUCCAUAUGUUUUUUAUUUCUCAACCACCAGAUAAAGCAAACAAAGUACCUACGCUGCUGUUCUUUCAUGGCAAUGCUGGAAAUAUGGGUCACAGGCUCCAAAAUAUUGUUGGGUUGUAUCACAGUAUACAGUGUAAUAUACUGAUGUUAGAAUAUAGAGGAUUUGGAUUAUCGCAGGGAGCUCCUUCUGAAGAAGGGUUAUAUAUGGACGCUAGAGCAGGACUUGAUUAUUUAAAUUCUCGUACUGACAUAAAUACAAAUGAAAUUAUAGUUUUUGGCAGAUCGUUAGGCGGUGCUGUGGCAAUUGAUUUAGCAACAAAACCAGAAUAUUCGCAAAGGAUUUGGUGCCUUAUUUUGGAAAACACAUUUACCAGCAUACCCGAUAUGGCAGCACUUCUUAUCGGAUCAAAAUUACUGCAGUAUCUUCCACUGUUUGUUUAUAAAAAUAAGUAUAUGUCGCUGCUCAAAAUACGUUCAGUAUCUGUGCCGACACUGUUCAUCUCUGGAUUAGCAGAUACGCUUGUACCGCCACCAAUGAUGACAGAACUUUAUAAGCGUUGUCGGAGCUCAUGUAAACGAAUACUUCCGAUUCCUGAUGGUACUCAUAAUGAAACUUGGCAUCAAUCCGGUUACUAUCAAAAUAUAUUGUCCUUUCUUAAUGAACUCAGAGAAAAUCCUCCCGCCCGCGAAUUAUCCAGCCAUUGGGAUAUAGAUCAUAUUUAGUGAGAAUUCAGCUACGAAACUCAUUAUUGCGUCCAAAGUCAGAUGUACAUUUUACUGUAAGUUCUCUAGGCCAGUAUGUGUUACCACGACUUUCAAAUAAUGUAUAUAUAAAUGCUUAGGAUACUAUGGUUGAUCAUUUUAUUUAACUUAGCAGACAAUUCAAUGGGAUCAAUCUUCCAUAGUAAUGAUGAUCAUGUUAAGAGUCUCAAUAGCCAAAGCGGAGAUACAGUGUUAUCGCUCAAGCCGGUAUUUUGUCUAAUACAUUAUACAAGGUAGGGUAUUUACUUGCAUUGUAGGUAACUCUUUCUAGCUAAGUCCAAUCAGUUAUGAAUAUUUCCAUACUGUUGUCUGAUCCUCUAUAUACUAAUAAUGAAACGAGUACUGCCGACAGUAGAGAAAGAAGGUAACAGCUGCCUGUAGAUUGUAACUAAAAUUUUCUGUCAAUUACAUAGUUUUGCCAACAACUAUAAUCAUUGUCUGACAUUAAUUCUAUUUCGAAGAUUCACCUUCUUAAGGCUCAUAAUAUGAAAGGUUUCCCUGAAUUUGGUGCAGAUUCUGGACUAUGAUUAUAGAUGUAGGAAAAUGUGGCGUCUAAAAUUACGAGUUCUCAUAUAGUAUAUACUAUGAGACUAGAUUGAAGAAUUUUAGUUGCUAUUUAAGCAGGAUUUAGAAAAAAUGGAUCAAACAUCUUACCAAAAUUUUAUAUCAAAAUUAAUGUUAAAUAUCGGGUUUUAGGUAGUUGAUACUUUAGUUGAAUCAACGUGAUAACAAGAUAUUGUAAUAACGUGGCCGCCACGAACCUCGAUCUUAUGUGCUUCUUUCUCAUGCCAUCAUAUUUUAAACCAGGAAUUCUUUUAAUCAGGGCUAAAUUGUACUUACUGAUCGCAUACAAUUCCUAAUAAUUUUGUUACAUAUUGAAUGAAAUACAAGCAUUAUAUUAAAGUCAGUCAGAGGGUUUGUUCAGAUUGUUAUACUGGUUUGCAUUUUCAAUGAUACUUACAUGGAAUUAAAAAGAAAAAUUUAGAUAGAAAAGAUAAUUUUUUUAAACUUUUAAAACUGCAUGUGUCAAUGAGUUUCCCACAAGAGCAUUUAGAGAAUUUCUUUUACGCUUAUGGAAUCACUAGAUGAUUAAUUACUGAAAUCAUCCGCUGAUGUUAUUAUCUUAUAACAAUAUACACUAAAGUUAUAUUUUCAUUUCAACAUAUAUUCAUUCAUCUGUCCAUUAGUAUUUUGCUAAUAUUAGCAGGGAAGUAAGCUAGUCCACAUUGCUCGAUUAGAUAUAGCAGAGGAUAAUUUUAGUAUAGACAAUAGACAAUGCGGGUCAUCAAUAAUUAGUACACUUGUCAAUAAUUAUUUUAUUGAUAUAUGCAUGAUCAAAUAUUGCUUGCUCUAUGUUACAUUCAUCAAAUAAAGUAAGGUAUUUGCGUACGCCUUAUAUGAAAAUGGAUAUUUAUUUAAUAAUUAAUUACGAAUUAGCGUAUGAUAAAAGCCAUUAUUUGCUUAGCAGCGAAAUUUUUUCAAUGAGAUACGAUCAAAAGUUUUUUUAUCGCCAACGCACUUAUAUGUAUUUCUGAACUUGCAAAAAGUUACAAAUACAUGAUUUUAUAUGUACAACCCAAUGUGACAUACGAAAAUUAAUUUUAUUAUCAAAGUUGAUAUUAAAUAAUAGCAUAUUGUUAUAAAAACGUUUUACUGUUAUAAAACCUGAAAAGUAUUUUUGUUGUACUUCGGAGUGCUGUGCACGAAAAAUACUGCUACCGUGCGUGUAAAAAGUUUAUUAUAAAUAUGAUCAGAAUGGUGAACUAUACUAAAUAAAAUAUUCAUUAUAAAAAU